AUGACUAUUCGUGCAACCAAGUUCACUCCUGAGGUCCUCCUCAGUGCACCACGCCGUUCCCCUGGCUUGCCCAAUUCGGAUGGUUCAAAGAUCUUGUACAGUGUCAGCACCUAUUCCUUUAGCAAACACUCGAAAAAGUCCGAGAUUCGCCUCUUGGAUGUCGAUAAGCAGGAAACCAUAACGGUGACCUCCGACUCUGGAGCAGGGGACGUCAAAUGGCUGGACGAUGAUUUGAUCGUGGUUCUAUUCUCUAAGGAGGAUGGUACGACGAGCGUCACGGUUGGGAAACCAACCAACUUCAGUGAUAGCAACUACACUGCUGGAACAAUCGAAGGUCCGGUUGGGGAUUUGAAAGUCAUUAGCCUCGAUAAUGGCGAUUAUGCAUUCGCUGUGAGCGGUAAAGCCGACCCCGAUGGAAAGUUGGUCAAUCCACAAAAGGCCAAGAAGCGGCAUACGACCGGUCGCCUCUAUAAUUCCAUGUUCGUGCGCCACUGGGACCACUACGUGACAGAGAACAAGAACAGCAUCUGGCUGAGCAAGCUGGCCAAGGAUGACAAAGGAAAGUUCAAACUCGGAAAAGUCAGAAAUGCCCUUAAGAGCACCACGCUUGAGUCCCCAAUCGAUCCCUUUGGCGGCACAGACCAUUUCGACAUUGGUCCCAUUGGUCUUGUAUAUACCUCGAAGGAUCCUGAACUUGACCCAGCACUACACACGAAGACGAACAUCUACCUACUAUCAGCGAACGAUUUCUGGGAAGACUCCACGUCUGAGGCUAGCAGCACACCGAUCAAGAUAAACAUUGACGGAUUCGAGGGCGCCAGUACAAACCCCGUGUUCUCCCCCAAGGGCACGUCUUUUGCUUUUCUGUCCAUGAAGACGGACGGAUAUGAGUCGGACAAGAAUCAGAUUUUCAUUGUCCCCGACGUGCAAAAUCCAUCAUGGGUAAUUCAAGCUCUACCUUCGAAAGAUGGUAAGGGACUUUGGGAUCGCAGUCCUUCUUCUAUCAUAUGGAGUUACGAUGGGAGUUCACCCUUGUACCUCUUAGCGGAGGACCAUGGACGAGGAUGUCUCUUUGCAUCCAACUGGCAAGGGCCUGGGCUCACCGAACCAAAAAUGGUCGUUAAGGGAGGAGCGAUAUCCGACGUUCGACCGCUGAAGAACGGUGAACUGUUCAUCUCGUCAUCUAGUCUGAUCGACAGCAGCCUCUACUCAGUUCUCCCAGCAAAUGGCCAUGCAGGCGAACAUGUUCUCAGCCUACCACAUGAUGAUCAGCAGACCAACACUACCAGAUAUCUGUCUUCUCAGACGCGUAAUGGAUCCACAUUCGGUCUCAAACGACGACAGAUUGACGAGAUCCACUGGCCCGGAGCAGCCGAGAACACAUCCGUUCAGGCAUGGGUGGUCAAACCAAGCGACUUCUCAUCGGACAAGAAGUAUCCCCUCGCAUACCUCAUCCACGGAGGCCCACAGGGCGCCUGGGAAGACAGUUGGAGCACAAGGUGGAAUCCGGCCGUUUUCGCCGAGCAGGGCUAUGUAGUCGUCACCCCAAACCCAACUGGCAGCACUGGUUUCGGACAGGAUUUCACAGACGCGAUCAAAGGACAAUGGGGCGGGCUACCAUACGAGGACCUAGUGAAGGGCUUCGACUGGAUCAAAGAGAAUCUCGAUUUUGUGGACACGAACCGCGCCGUAGCACUCGGUGCGUCCUACGGAGGCUUCAUGAUGAACUGGAUCCAAGGCCAUCCGCUCGGUCGUAAGUUCAAGGCGCUUGUGACGCAUGACGGCGUCUUCAGCAUGACCGGCCAGCUCGCCUCCGAGGAACUCUACUUCCCCUUCCACGACUUCGAGAAGCCGCUCUGGCUCAAUCGAGAGGGCUGGGACAAGUGGGAUCCGUCCAAGUUCGUGGAGAACUGGUCCACGCCUCACUUGAUCAUCCAUAGCGAGUUGGACUACCGGUUGACGAUCUCCGAGGGCCUCGCCGCGUUCCACACGUUGCAGGCAAGGAACGUGGAGAGUCAGUUCCUCACGUUCCCUGACGAGAAUCACUGGGUGCUGAAGCCGGAGAACUCGCUGCUCUGGCACCGCACUGUGCUGGAUUUCAUCAACGAGAAGGCGGGCUUGCCCAAGUAUUCGGAUACGAUGACUGAGGAGGCAAAGGCUGCAUUGGAAUAA